CAGACACACUCUUUCCCUGCGUCGGUGGAUGUUAGUUCGUGUCUGUUUGUCCACCUCUUCAGCCUCAAUGCGUACAGAUCGUGCUGUCUCGCCUCGAUAUGUCCUAGCUCCAAAACAGAAUCGCGCAACUGGAUCUCUCGCAACACCGCCGAGCCCUCCCAGCGCGAACAGGAAAAGCUGUCCAUCUACAUAAUAGGGAAGACGCCUACGCUGACGACCAAAGCCGAACGGCCCAAACACCCCUGCCUGGUGCUCGUUAUAGAAUGGAGUCAAGCAAACCGCU